GGAUUUUAAGCACAUAAAAUGGCUGCCCCCGUUAUUGGAGGCAUGUGUUAUGGUGUUAUGUCAUGUUUCUGAAAUGAAUCUUUUGACAGCAAAUUCGAGAAGCUGACAUGUUUAUUUUGGUUGGGAUACGUUGACAUCCAUCAACCAAAUCAGCGAGCCCCACCACCCAAGCCAAUUAGUCUGCUCUUACGAAAAGCAUGGGUUGAUGAAGACAAAUUCUGACCCAGAUAGUUUCGUCCUAGUAUGUAUAACUCAACAGAACACUCUCCACUGAGCUCAAUGUUAUAUUUCAGAUCUCCACCAAGAACUGAAGCACAUCCAAAUCCAUCCGAUGAAUCUAUAAAUCUGAAAAUGGCCGCCACAUUGAACAAGUGUAACGCAACCUGUAUAAAGCGUCUGUAUUUCACAUUAUUGUCACAUCAAAGACAACUGUCCUGUCAAAGUCCAAUGAAAAGUUGUUCAGAUCAGAAAUCUUUUUUUCCCAAGCAAUUUUUUCAAAAUAGACAAUACUCUGUUUAUGGCAGUAUAUCAUUUUGUCAAUAUCGGGCUAUAUGUCAAGUGAAACAUGUACUAUCUAUGGAGACUUACAGGCUUGCAUAUUAUAACAAGGAGAAAGAUUUGCAGUUGUUUGAACUAAACUACAUAGAUCAAAUUCUUACAAGGAAAUACCACUCUGUUACUCGAGGUGUACAAUGGUCGAGUAGGCUCAAGUGUGUUGUAGAUGUAAGUGAUGACAACACAUGGAGAGCUGUAAACCACAAGAGGAAAUAUGCUUCUAAAAGUGACCGAUUCAACAUUAACUGUAAUCAACUUUACCAUGACUAUCUUGCAAGCUUAGAUACUGAGUAUGACAAUUUAGCGUCUGAUCUUGCCGGCCAAAAUGUCCAAUCUGCCAAGGACAUGAAUCUACGUCUGCAGAAGUUGUCUCCUGUGGUGUCAGUCUUCAGGGACAUUCAACAGAAAUAUUCCGAGGUGACGGAACUGGAUAGCUUGUUAUCAGGGUCUGAUGAUGCUGAGAUGGUUACCAUGGCAACAAGAGAGAAGCAGGAACUGCUUGAAGAUAUUAAGGAUAAGGAGAGUGGGCUUGUGUUGAUGUUGGCUGGGGAGUCUAAGGUGGACAAGAAUGACAUCAUUCUUGAGGUGUCGGCCGGUGUCGGGGGUCAGGAAGCCAUGUUGUUCACAGGCCAGGUGUUCAGCAUGUACGAGAACUAUGCACAAUACAAGGGCUGGUUCUUCCAAAUAAUUGACUAUGAACGCAGUGAAAUAGGGGGUUUGAGACGAGCAUCCGCGGCCAUUGAGGGGACAGACGUAUUCAAGUACCUCAAGUUUGAGGGCGGUGUGCAUCGGGUGCAGAGAGUCCCGCGGACCGAGAAGUCUGGCCGAGUCCACACCAGUACCAUGACAGUCGCCAUAUUGCCACAACCUGAUGAGAUUGAUGUUGUGAUCCAUGCGAAGGACCUUCAAGUGGAGACGUUCCGUGCCAGUGGGAGCGGAGGCCAGCAUGUCAACAACACUGACAGCGCUGUCCGCAUCACUCACACUCCCACCAAAACCGUCGCUGAAUGUCAGUCUGAGAGGUCGCAGAUUCGAAACCGAGAGAUUGCAUUGCAGCUCAUUAGGUCAAGAAUAUACCAGGAGGAGUUGACAGCCCAAAUGGCAGAGACUGAUGCUACCAGGAGGCUGCAGAUCGGUACCGGUGGACGGUCCGAGAAGAUCCGCACCUAUAACUUCCCACAGGACAGAGUGACAGACCACAGACUGGGGAAGAACUGUCACAACAUCGACGUCUUCCUCCACGGAGGCGAGGAUCUUGAUGACGUCAUUGUCAGUCUUAUGUGGGGCAUCAAGUAUGAGAUUGUUGAUGGCAUACUGGAGGAUUUUGACAACAAACGAAAAAAGACACAUAAAGUAAAGAAGACGUAGAUUCUGAUAAAGUCUUGUUGGUGUGUUAUGGUGUGUAAUGGUUUUUAGUUAUUCUCAAUCUUAUUAAUAUAUGAUCUUUACUCAAAUAUGAUACCUCUCUGUCUGAGCCAAUCAGAUUUCAGCUUCAUAAAACAAUCCAGCUUCAUUUCUUCACCCUGCCAUUUCAGUAAUUUUGAUUUGUACAAAUGAGAACACAAGUUGUCUCCAGUGGUACUCCCCCUUGGGUGUUGAUGUCAGGCGCUCAAAUAUAACAGGGUAUAUAAAAUGUGAAAGCAAUAUAAAGGUGUGGCCUUUUUUAUCGGUUUUCGGAACUUCAUGUUCGAGAUACAGAAAUCAGAUACACUAGUCUGCAUGUUUUGCUCCCUCGUACAUAGAAAUUUCGAAAUCGUAACACUUAUUGGCUGAUUAGAAAGUUCUGAUUCGACCUCCGAUGGAAGUGCCCUGUUAUUGGAGGGGUGGUCAUGAAAAAAUGACGCAGGUUUUUUCUAAUAAAAAAUGGGGCGGUCGGGUAACCUAGUGGUUAAAGCCGAAGACCCAGGUUGGAUUCCCGACAUGGGUACAAUGUGUGAAGCUUAUUUCUGGUGUCCCCCGCUGUGAUAUUACUAGAAUAUUGCUGAAAGUGGCGUAAAACCAUACUCACUUACUCACUCACUCAAAUAAAAAUUAAUAAAUUUGAACAUUAUUUAUGGAUGGGUCAUUUGUUAUAGCAAUUGGAGGGAGGGGGGGAUGGCAUGAUAAAUGUUAAUGUAUUUAGUGGGUGGGGUAGGUCAUGAAAAACUGUAACAUAAGAUGAGGGAAUAAGAUGACAAUGUAUGAAAUAUGAUACAUGUUAUUGAAUGAUGCAUAUUUUCUAGAAAAGUAUGCAUUUACAUAAUCAUGACAUGUCAUAAUGCAUCGUAUUACAUAUCAAAUUAGAAAAUGUUGAGUCAAUGAAAUUUCACGGUAUAAAUGUACUGUAAAUGAUAAUGGUUUUGUUAAAAAUAAACUGGAGGCAUUAUCUGUGUUAUCAAUUUAUCAGUGUGUUUCUAGGUUUGUCAGCACCAUACCCGUGCUUGUGGGUUUCACCGAAGUGGUAAACGUCUGAGACCUGCAUCACUUCGGGCUUUCCUCCCACAUUAAGCUGACAUGAUAUAACUGGAAUACUGUUAAAAGCGUGUUCGUUAUAAACGUAGUUUACUGUACAUAAGAUACUGUAGAAAAGUGAACUUGUAGUUUAUUUAUGUGAAGUAUAUGCACACAAAGACAUAUAUAUGUUACAAAUAUAUAAACAUUCUUUAUUAGCACU